UUCCAUAUUUCCACAAUAGGACUGUUACGCCUUGCACCCAUAUCGCUCGUUCAGCGCUCAGCCACUGUUCCUUCCGUAACAGGUAUGGCGAUGGAAUGGACAUUUGAGUCAGAGUAUGGUAAGUGAGUAGGCAGAUUACUUGUAAAUCAUGUGGCACUGCUAGCUUGCACUGUAGUUUCCACAAUGACGCUGGUGGCACAGUUUAAGCUAGUUCAGGAUUUACUACCUCCUCCGCAGCAGGCAUAUAAAGGACCAGAUGCGCUGCUCAUUUCAUCGGCACACGACCAUUGUAAGCUCAUCUAUUUCAGAACCGCGUGCAAGAUUGCAUCAAUUCAAUUUUCGUCGCACGACUUGCAUCCCUUUAUCUCCUCCCACCAUGUCCAUGUCUCCCAUAAUCUCCCCGACUGUUUCCACAUCCUCUCUUUCCAGAUCUCUGGAGAGCCCCUCUAUAAUACGUCAGCUGUCAACCAGUUCUGUCAAGAGUCUAGCUGCAACAUUCGCUGCCAGCACAAGCUCGUUGUCUUUGCCACCCACAGGAGAGGAUGUUGAAGUUGUGAAAGAAGAAGGGCUACGCCAUGCCGUCGUUAGGCUUGAAGCUAGACAUUACAAGAAAGUCUCUUUCCUUCAGAGCCUGAUGGAAUGCAUACGCACCUUGAGAAUUUCCUCGUGGACAAGCCUCGAUAUCCUACCCCAGGAUAUUCGUGUCGACAAAGUUGCAGGAUCCUUAACAAACGCCGUAUUCUUCGUAUCAUGUCCUACCGCAAAAACCCUUCUACUUCGCAUCUACGGCCCAUCGUCCGGUGAAAUGAUCUCUCGUCCUCACGAAUUACACACACUCCAUAUCCUUUCCUCCCAAUAUCGUCUGGGGCCCAGAGUGUUUGGAACAUUCGAGAACGGUCGUAUUGAGGAAUAUUUCGAGUCUAAAACCCUCACUCCCAGCGAAUUGCGGGACCCCCAGAUUAGUCGGUGGAUUGGUGCACGCAUGGCAGAGCUUCAUUCUGUAGACAUUGAAGUCAUAGAGGGAACCUCACCUGAGACGAGAGGUGAAGGCAGAGGCUGGGAAAUUGCCGCAAAGAAAAACGUAAAAGCCUGGUUAGCUCCAGCCAGAGAGGUACUUCAGCUUCCUGCACUCUCACAGGCCGACAGAGACGAGCUUAACCUUGACACCUUCAAACGAGAUUGGGAUAAAUACAUGGAUUGGCUCUCUUCACUGGACCGCAGCACCAGAGUUUUUGCUCACAACGAUACUCAAUACGGCAAUCUACUGAGACUCACCAAUGCAAAAGAAGGGCUCCCGCAACAUCGACAGAUCAUCGUCGUUGAUUUUGAAUAUGCUGCCCCAAACGCCGCUGCAUUUGAUAUUGCUAACCAUUUCCAUGAAUGGUCAGCAAAUUAUCAUACUGCAACACCUCACCUCCUCGAGCCAACGAAAUAUCCAACGCCAAGUGAGCGUCGAAACUUCUACAAGGCUUAUAUCCAACAGUCCUCGCCCCUUCCCGAUUCCGAGUUGGAAACGGCCAUCGACGAGUUGGAGAAUCAAGUUCGUGUUUGGAGUCCUUCCCCACACGCGAUGUGGGUUGUAUGGGGCAUAGUCCAAGCCAAGGACGAUCUAAUGAACGACGUGAAGGACCCUGAAUUCAACUAUAUUGGAUAUGCGAAAUGUCGAAUGGCUCUAUUCCGUAAAGAACUUCAGACCUUGGGGAUCCUUUCAUAAAUUUCAUGUACCGACCGCUUUUAC